AUGGCGGGGGGCAGAGGCAGCGCCUAUUUCGUGGAUCCGCUCCUGCUGCCUCGGAUCGAGCAAUACGCGCACAACAACAACAUCAAUCACAUCGACAACACGGUAGAUUAUCUCCGGCGAUCUUACAGGGAGUACCAGCGGAAGCAGCUGCUGCCAUUCCGGAAAUCCGUGGAGCAAGCGGUGCGCAUCGUAAAUCAGAGCGGGGAGAGCUCUGAAGAGAGCGAAGGGGAGGAAGCGGCGGCAUCAUCGCAAAAGAGCUCGCAGAAUCACAGGCCUAUGAUCUUCCUGGACACUCCAGUAAGUGGUGGAGUGUCCGGUCCUUUGACAGUUGCUAGAACACCGAAUAGCAGGAAGAGAGAGCGAGAGAAAGAGGAGGAAAAUGCCGAUAAGAAGCGGAGCAGUGUGGUUCCUCCCGAGAAAAAGGAUGGAAGGCAGCCAAAGUUCGCAGGGGCGACAAUGCCGCAAAAUGUGAGCUUCAAAGAUUUUGGAGGCCUUGGCGAUGCCAUGGACGUGAUCGUGGAGUUCAUAUUCCCGGUGGUAAAUCCCGACGUGGUUGAUGCGGUGGGGAUGGAGCAUAUGAAAGCUUUGCUUCUUCAUGGACCUCCUGGCUGUGGAAAAUCUCUGCUGGCCGAGGCCAUUGCGAAUGAAGCGAGCGUUCCCUUCUUCAAGGUGUCAGCUCCAGAAGUUGUGUCUGGAACAUCAGGUGAAUCGGAAGCAAAGCUAAGAACACUGUUUUCCGAGGCUUUUAGAGUCGCCCCAGCCAUCAUAUUCAUCGACGAGGUCGACGCUAUUUGCUCCAAGAGAGAGUCUGCUCAAAGAGAGAUGGAGCGGCGGAUUGUGACGCAGUUGAUGGUCUGCAUGGACGAGAUUGAUUACGCUCCACGAGGCUCCGAAAGUGAAGGUGGUGACAGUAACAAGCUGAGGCGCUUGCUCGUGAUAGCAGCUACAAACCGGCCUGAAGCUCUGGAUCAGGCUCUCAGACGACGUUUCGAUCGCGAGAUCUGUUUGAAGGUGCCUGAUGAGAAAGCUAGGCUGCAAAUAUUGACAGUCCUCGCCAGCAAACUUCGCCUUGAUGGAGAGUUCGACUUCAAGGCCAUUGCAAGGCGGACGCCGGGUUUUGUCGGUGCGGAUCUGAAAGUUCUUACAAAAGAAGCUGGAGUUGCGGCUAUCAGGAGGAUUGCUGCAAAGAGGAAGGCAGCGCCAGCGGAAAACGAGGCUGAAAAUGUGUGGUGGAGACGUGCUUGGACUCCCGAAGAGCUCCAAGAACUGCGGGUUACAAUGGACGACUUCGAGGUUGCUAUAAAGAAGGUAGUGCCAUCCACAAAACGAGAGGGGUUCACGGAGAUUCCAAAUGUGAGCUGGGAGGAUGUGGGAGCUUUGGAAACUGUGCGUGAAGAGCUCGAGUUUUUAAUCUGCAGCCGUGUGAAGCAUCCUGAGGACUACGAGACUUUAAAUUUCUCGGACAGUGGAUUUCUUUUGUAUGGGCCGCCUGGAUGCGGCAAGACUUUGGUUGCAAAGGCCGUGGCCAACGCUGCUGGAGCCAACUUCAUCUAUAUCAAGGCGGGCGAGCUUUUUAACAAAUACGUUGGUGAGAGUGAGCGAGCGGUUCGGCAGCUGUUUUCUCGUGCCAGAGAUUGCUCGCCUUGCCUCAUAUUUUUUGACGAAAUAGAUGCAUUGGCACCAGGCCGUGGAAGCGAAGCAAAUGCGGCGACUGACAGGGUAGUGAAUCAGCUUUUAGUCGAGAUGGAUGGUCUGGAGCAGCGAAAGUGUGUAUUCGUGAUUGGAGCGACAAAUAGGCCAAACAUGAUCGAUACUGCGUUGCUCAGGCCGGGUCGUCUCGGCAAACGCAUCUACAUCCCUCUCCCAGAUGCUCAAGGACGAGAAUCAAUUCUCAGAGCUUUGUUGCGAUGCUUGCCUCUAGCGGCGGACGUAGACAUGGCCGCUAUCGCGCAGCACGAGCUUUGCGAAGGCUUCACAGGAGCCGAUCUCCAUGGCCUUGUCCAGGAGGCAUGCGGCGUCGCUCUGCGCGAGAGGAUACCACUGUGGCGUGCGAGCAACGGACAAGCUCCGCAAAGCGGGGUUACACUCACCCAAAAGCACUUCGCGGAGGCUCUCAAUCGAGUGGAGCCUUCCGUAUCGGCCGGGGACUACUCCAAAAAUUUUCCAAGCUCCAGCCAAGCCGAGUCGCCGAAAACCAAGAGAAGAAAAAAGAAGAAGACGACGAAGGGAACAGUCCGGCUAGUAACACACUGUUAAACUAGAACUUUCCUGGGAGCCGUUAGAUCAACGGCCAGAUGUGAUGGACGGCCACGAUUCGCGAUGCUGUUAAAAUACGAAAGGGCUGGACUUUUUCUCCGCCAUAGCC